GAAAUGGUUCUGGUGUGACAAGGCCUGUUUAGUGACUCCGAAACGGUAUGUCGUUCGGUUUGUUCUUUUAGAGCUUUCUAUUCUACAUGAUCUGGUGCAAAAAAACGCGCACAUAUGGGCAAAUGUUCAUUCAUCAGCCGUUUUGGUCUGUAACGGUAAGUUAGAUAGCUUCUUAAUAAAGAACCAUUGCCCAGUCCACCGCCCAGUCCACCACUUGCUGUAACAUCUAUCAUCGUGACCGACGUACAAGAAAUCGAUUUGUCCGUCUCGGCUCGCCCUGAGGUGGAGUACGUGUCCGGGACGUCGGACGGGACAUGCAGGCCCUGCAAGGCGCCGAGCUUGGGGCCUUCACCUUUUUUGCGUCCCCCCUACCUCACGACGUGUGCGGGAGCAACGGCCUUCCCCUGACCCCCAACUCCAUUAAGAUCCUCGGACGAUUCCAGAUCCUCAAGACCAUCACCCACCCCAGACUCUGCCAGUAUGUUGACAUCUCGCGAGGAAAACACGAAAGGCUGAUUGUAGUAGCUGAACACUAUGAACACAGCCUCCAGGAUCUCCUUAAGCAGCACCAUCCAGUCAGCUCGGAGAAGGUACUACAGAUUGCCUACGAGGUUCUGGAGGGCCUGACGUUUAUGAACAGACAUGGUGUAGUCCACAGAGCUCUCAGUCCCCAUAAUGUCCUCCUAGACCGUAAGGGAAAGGUUAAACUGGCCAAGUUUGGUCUUUAUCACAUGACGGACCACGGCGCAGAUGUGGACUUCCCCAUCGGGUACCCGUCCUACCUGGCCCCAGAGGUGAUUGCCCAAGGCUCCUUCUACCUGUCGGAAGGCUCUGUUGUGGAGGCCCCUCUGCCGUCGGGGCCCAAGGCUGAUGUGUGGUCUGUGGGCAUGCUUCUGUUCGAGCUCUGCGCUGGAAGACAACUUUUGCAGAAUAUUGAAAUAAGUGAAAGAUUAAAGUUCAUUAUUACUUUGGGCUGCAUGGACGAUAUAGUCACUGUCCUCGCUGAGGAGCACGGCUGCUUGGAUGUCAUCAGGGAGCUACCAGACAAUGUCCAGACUUUACUGAGGAGAUGCCUGAUGUUUCCACCUUCUAAAAGGCCCACCCCCGCACAGCUACUAGAGGAGCCUGUGUUUGUGGGCGUGGCUAGUCUCUACCCAGCCUAUCAGAACCCAGUGAGUCUCUUCUCCUCCUCGCCACGCUGUGCUCAUCUGGAGCUGCCUGAGGACCUCAACGAACUCUGCAAAGGUGACGGGCAGGACUACCUUUCUGAGAGGACUGUGGAUGAGGUUUACCACCUCUGGUGCCUGGCAGGAGGAGACCUGGAGAAAGAGCUGACCAACAAGGACAUCAUCCAGUCCAAACCACCAGUCUGCACGUUGCCCAAUUUCAUUUUUGAGGAUGGAGAGUCUUUUGGCCAAAGCAGGGACCGAAGCUUCCUCCUGGAUGACACGACCGUCACACUGUCCUUAUGUCAGCUCCGAAAUAGGCUGAGGGACGUGACCGGAGAGGCGUACUAUCCGCUGCUGGAGGAUGAGCACUGUGGCCUGCCCCAGUCCAACAGCAGCACUGAGCUCUCCGCUGCCAGCAACCUGCCGCUCAUCAUCCGUGAGAGAGACACAGAGUACCAGCUCACACGCAUCGUGCUCUUCGACAGGCUGCUGAAGGCGUACCCCUACAAAAAGAACCAGGUGUGGAAGGAAGCCAGGGUGGAUGUCCCUCCUCUCCUCAGGGGUCUGGCCUGGGCAACCCUGCUGGGCGUCGAGGGGGACAUUCAGGCAAAGUAUGACGCCAUCGAUAAAGACACUGCCAUCCCCACGGACCGCCAGAUUGAAGUGGACAUUCCGCGCUGUCACCAGUAUGACGAGCUGUUGUCCUCGCCCCAGGGACACGUCAAGUUUCGAAGGGUUUUGAAGGCCUGGGUGGUGUCCCACCCAGACCUGGUCUAUUGGCAGGGACUGGAUUCACUAUGUGCCCCUUUUCUUUACCUCAAUUUCAACAAUGAAGCUCUGGCGUAUGCCUGCAUGUCGGCCUUCAUCCCUAAAUACCUCUACGAUUUCUUUUUGAAGGACAACUCGCACGUCAUACAAGAGUACCUGACUGUCUUCUCUCAGAUGAUCGCCUUCCACGACCCGGAGCUAAGCAACCACCUCAACGAGAUCGGCUUCAUACCGGAUCUGUAUGCCAUUCCGUGGUUCCUAACCAUGUUCACUCAUGUGUUCCCGCUGCACAAGAUCUUCCACCUGUGGGACACGCUGCUGUUGGGAAACUCAUCAUUCCCUUUCUGCAUCGGCGUGGCCAUUUUGCAGCAGCUGCGCGACAGGCUUCUGGCCAACGGCUUCAACGAGUGUAUCCUGCUGUUCUCCGACCUGCCCGAGAUAGAUAUUGAGCGCUGUGUUCGGGAAUCCAUCAGCCUCUUCUGCUGGACCCCCAAGAGUGCGACGUUCAGACAGCAUGCACAGACGGCCAAACCCCUUAGCGACGGCAUUGGCAUCGGGAGACCCCUGGCCUACUACUCCUCUGACUACCACGACUACCCAGACCUUCCGAACACAGACCUGUCUCGUGAGCCGUUGAAGCUCUCGGAGCUGAAGGCUGAGGUAUCCCCGCGCAUCUCCUCUGAAGACCUUAUCGACUUGUGUGAACUGACUGGCCCGGCUCACUUUAAGACUCCCGUCAAGAGGCCGAAGACGGUCAAAACCAAGAUCCUGGCAGUGGACAUCCGCAGUGCUGAGGAUUUUGGCCGUGGCCAUGUGCAGGGCAGCGUUAACAUCCCGUACGGCUCAGCGUGCACGCCGGACGGGGAGCUGCUCCAGUGUCCCGCCACGCACCUGCUGGCCACACACAAGGGCCGAGUCAUCGUGGUCCUCAGCAACAUCAUGAAGAACGCAGCUACAUUUGCUGCCCAUCUGGUAAAGCUGAACUACCCACGUGUGUGUGUCCUGGACGGUGGUAUGAACAAGAUGAAGUCAACCGGCCUCCUUACGGUGCCCUCCCCACAGAUCUGAGCCACCCCACUGUAGCCGCUGUGGAUCUAACUGGACAUUUCUUUAUUUUUGCUCUUAGUUGUUUUUUGUUUGGUGCACAUCUUUUUUUUAAAAGGUUAAUUUGAUGAACGGCUUGCGUGAAUUUGUUAUUUAUGUCUGAACCAGUUUCUUAUCCUCGAAACACUGGGCUUAAAAACGUUAGUCGUUUAUGGAAGGAAAACUUUAUCCGUCUCUGUAGCCCAGCUAGGGAGAGGAGGGGGCAGUCCCAUUUAAAAAAAAAAAAAAUAUCGCACACUCUGGUGUUCAUUAUGUCUGCCUGUAUGAUUUAUGCUGCAUCAUUUAAAAUCCCCCUUAUAAUUUCCUUUAUUAACGCUUGUCUGUGAAGUCAGCGACGUCGCAUGUUUCUUAUUGUGCUAUAAAUCUUUUGCCAUUUCCACGCCCAGUCCAAUAAUAUUCCCAACCAAUAAUGGACGAUAUUAUCAAAAAUAAGUCAGUGGGGGGAAGAAUAAGUUUUACGAUGAGUAAUAGUUUUUUAAAAAGUAUUUCCAACUCCACCUCGGUGAGUAACACGGUUUGUUCAUGUGCUUCCAUUCUUUGAUAUCUCUGCCAGGUAGAGCUGAGCUACUUCCUGUCUGGAUGGGGAAAGACUUCCCCCUCUGUGAGAGUACAACAUAGCCGAGCGCUUUUAACAUGCUUAUUAAUGAAUAAUAAUUAUUACUUAUUAUUAUAAGAAUAUUUCAACCACCGUACCGUAAAGUGGCUAACGGAGCUAGCAAGCUACCUCGCUGUUAACCACAGUAACGUAAGCUUGGCUUAUUUGGAGCUUUUCAGCUAUGCUUUAAUACGCGACUUUUCAUUAUUUAUCGUUUUAGUUGGAUUUUUGUCUCAUCAAAUAAGCUUUUCAGUUAUUUCUCAAAUAAAAUUAAAACUUAACACUG